AUCGAGGUCCGCGGGAGGCUCUGAGCACGCCAGGCGGACACUCCUCUCGGCUCCUCCCCGGCAGCAGCGGCGGCUCGGAGCGGGCUCCGGGGCUCGGGUGCAGCGGCCAGCGGGCGCCUGGCGGCGAGGAUUACCCGGGGAAGUGGUUGUCUCCUGGCUGGAGCCGCGAGACGGGCGCUCAGGGCGCGGGGCCGGCGGCGGCGGAGAACGAGAGGACGGACUCUGGCGGCCGGGUCUUUGGCCGCGGGGAGCGCGGGCACCCGGCGAGCAGGCCGCGUCGCUCUCACCAUGGUCAGCUGCUGGGACACCGGGGUCCUGCUGUGCGCGCUGCUCAGCUGUCUGCUUCUCACAGGAUCUAGUUCAGGUUCAAAAUUAAAAGAUCCUGAACUGAGUUUAAAAGGCACCCAGCACGUCAUGCAAGCAGGCCAGACACUGCGUCUCCAAUGCAGGGGGGAAGCAGCCCAUAAAUGGUCUUUGCCUGAAACGGUGAGUAAGGAAAGCGAAAGGCUGAGCAUAACUAAAUCUGCCUGUGGAAGAAAUGGCAAACAAUUCUGCAGUACUUUAACCUUGAACACAGCUCAAGCAAACCACACUGGCUUCUACAGCUGCAAAUAUCUAGCUGUACCUACUUCAAAGAAGAAGGAAACAGAAUCUGCAAUCUAUAUAUUUAUUAGUGAUACAGGGAGACCUUUCAUAGAGAUGUACAGUGAAAUCCCCGAAAUUAUACACAUGACUGAAGGAAGGGAGCUCGUCAUUCCCUGCCGGGUUACAUCACCUAACAUCACUGUUACUUUAAAAAAGUUUCCACUUGAAACUUUGAUCCCUGAUGGAAAACGCAUAAUCUGGGACAGUAGAAAGGGCUUCAUCAUAUCAAAUGCAACGUACAAAGAAAUAGGGCUUCUGACCUGUGAAGCAACAGUCAAUGGGCAUUUGUAUAAGACAAACUAUCUCACACAUCGACAAACCAAUACAAUCAUAGAUGUCCAAAUAAGCACACCACGCCCAGUCAAAUUACUUAGAGGCCAUACUCUUGUCCUCAAUUGUACUGCUACCACUCCCUUGAACACGAGAGUUCAAAUGACCUGGAGUUACCCUGAUGAAAAAAAUAAGAGAGCUUCUGUAAGGCAACGAAUUGACCAAAGCAAUUCCCAUGCCAACAUAUUCUACAGUGUUCUUACUAUUGACAAGGUGCAGAACAAAGACAAAGGACUUUAUACUUGUCGUGUAAGGAGUGGACCAUCAUUCAAAUCUGUUAACACCUCAGUGCAUAUAUAUGAUAAAGCAUUCAUCACUGUGAAACAUCGAAAACAGCGGGUGCUUGAAACCGUAGCUGGCAAGCGGUCUUACCGGCUCUCUAUGAAAGUGAAGGCAUUUCCCUCCCCGGAAGUUGUAUGGUUAAAAGAUGGGUUACCUACAACUGAGAAAUCUGCUCGCUAUUUGACUCGUGGUUACUCGUUAAUUAUCAAGGACGUAACUGAAGAGGAUGCAGGGAAUUAUACAAUCUUGCUGAGCAUAAAACAGUCAGAUGUGUUUAAAAACCUCACUGCCACUCUAAUUGUCAAUGUGCAACCCCAGAUUUAUGAAAAGGCCGUGUCAUCGUUUCCAGACCCGGCUCUCUACCCACUGGGCAGCAGACAAAUCCUGACUUGCACCGCAUAUGGUAUCCCUCAACCUACAAUCAAGUGGUUCUGGCACCCCUGUAACCAUAAUCAUUCCGAAGCAAGGUGUGACUUUUGUUCCAAUAAUGAAGACUCCUUUAUCCUGGAUCCCGACAGCAACACAGGAAACAGAAUUGAUAGCAUCACUCAGCGCAUGGCAAUAAUAGAAGGAAAGAAUAAGACGGCUAGCACCUUGGUUGUGGCUGACUCUAGAAUUUCUGGAAUCUACAUUUGCAUAGCUUCCAAUAAAGUUGGGACUGUGGCAAGAAACAUAAGCUUUUAUAUCACAGAUGUGCCAAAUGGGUUUCAUGUUAACUUGGAAAAAAUGCCGACGGAAGGAGAGGACCUGAAACUGUCUUGCACAGUUAACAAGUUCUUAUACAGAGACGUUACUUGGAUUUUACUGCGGACAGUUAAUAACAGAACAAUGCACUACAGUAUUAGCAAGCAAAAAAUGGCCAUCACUAAGGAGCACUCCAUCACUCUUAAUCUUACCAUCAUGAAUGUUUCCAUGGAAGAUUCAGGCACCUAUGCCUGCAGAGCCAGGAAUGUAUACACAGGGGAAGAAAUCCUCCAGAAGAAAGAAAUUACAAUCAGAGAUCAGGAAGCACCAUACCUCCUGCGAAACCUCAGUGAUCACACGGUGGCCAUCAGCAGUUCCACCACUUUAGACUGUCAUGCUAAUGGUGUCCCCGAGCCUCAGAUCACUUGGUUUAAAAACAACCACAAAAUACAACAAGAGCCUGGAAUUAUUUUAGGACCAGGAAGCAGCACGCUGUUUAUUGAAAGAGUCACAGAAGAGGAUGAAGGUGUCUAUCACUGCAAAGCCACCAACCAGAAGGGCUCUGUGGAAAGUUCAGCAUACCUCACUGUUCAAGGAACCUCGGACAAGUCUAAUCUGGAGCUGAUCACUCUAACAUGCACCUGUGUGGCUGCGACUCUCUUCUGGCUCCUAUUAACCCUCUUUAUCCGAAAAAUGAAAAGGUCUUCUUCUGAAAUAAAGACUGACUACCUAUCAAUUAUAAUGGACCCAGAUGAAGUUCCCUUGGAUGAGCAGUGUGAGCGGCUCCCUUAUGAUGCCAGCAAGUGGGAGUUUGCCCGGGAGAGACUUAAACUGGGCAAAUCACUUGGAAGAGGGGCUUUUGGAAAAGUGGUUCAAGCAUCAGCAUUUGGCAUUAAGAAAUCACCUACAUGCCGGACUGUGGCUGUGAAAAUGCUGAAAGAGGGGGCCACGGCCAGCGAGUACAAAGCUCUGAUGACUGAGCUCAAAAUCUUGACCCACAUUGGCCACCAUCUGAACGUGGUUAACCUGCUGGGAGCCUGCACCAAGCAAGGAGGGCCUCUGAUGGUGAUUGUUGAAUACUGCAAAUAUGGAAAUCUCUCCAACUACCUCAAGAGCAAACGUGACUUAUUUUUUCUCAAUAAGGAUGCAGCAUUACACAUGGAGCCUAAGAAAGAAAAAAUGGAGCCAGGCCUGGAACAAGGCAAGAAACCAAGACUAGAUAGCGUCACCAGCAGCGAGAGCUUUGCGAGCUCCGGGUUUCAGGAAGAUAAAAGUCUGAGUGAUGUUGAGGAAGAGGAGGAUUCUGACGGUUUCUACAAGGAGCCCAUCACUAUGGAAGAUCUGAUUUCUUACAGCUUUCAAGUGGCCAGAGGCAUGGAGUUCCUGUCUUCUAGAAAGUGCAUUCAUCGGGACCUGGCAGCGAGAAACAUUCUGUUAUCUGAGAACAAUGUGGUGAAGAUUUGUGAUUUUGGCCUCGCCCGAGAUAUUUAUAAGAACCCCGAUUAUGUGAGAAAAGGAGAUACUCGACUUCCUCUGAAAUGGAUGGCUCCUGAAUCUAUCUUUGACAAAAUCUACAGCACCAAGAGCGACGUGUGGUCUUACGGAGUAUUGCUGUGGGAAAUCUUCUCCUUAGGUGGGUCUCCAUACCCAGGAGUACAAAUGGAUGAGGACUUUUGCAGUCGCCUGAGGGAAGGCAUGAGGAUGAGAGCUCCUGAGUACUCUACUCCUGAAAUCUAUCAGAUCAUGCUGGAUUGCUGGCACAGAGACCCAAAAGAAAGGCCAAGAUUUGCAGAACUCGUGGAAAAACUAGGCGAUUUGCUUCAAGCAAAUGUACAACAGGAUGGUAAAGACUACAUCCCAAUCAAUGCCAUACUGACAGGAAAUAGUGGGUUUACAUACUCAACUCCUGCCUUCUCUGAGGACUUCUUCAAGGAAGGUAUUUCAGCUCCGAAGUUUAAUUCAGGAAGCUCCGAUGAUGUCAGAUAUGUAAAUGCUUUCAAGUUCAUGAGCCUGGAAAGAAUCAAAACCUUUGAAGAACUUUUACCAAAUGCCACCUCCAUGUUUGAUGACUACCAGGGGGACAGCAGCACUCUGUUGGCCUCUCCCAUGCUGAAGCGCUUCACCUGGACUGACAGCAAACCCAAGGCCUCGCUCAAGAUUGACUUGAGAGUAACCAGUAAAAGUAAGGAGUCGGGGCUAUCUGAUGUCAGCAGGCCCAGUUUCUGCCAUUCCAGCUGUGGGCACAUCAGCGACGGCAAGCGCAGGUUCACCUACGACAACGCUGAGCUGGAAAGGAAAAUUGCGUGCUGCUCCCCGCCCCCAGACUACAACUCGGUGGUCCUGUACUCCACCCCACCCAUCUAGAGUUUGACACGAAGCCUUAUUUCUAGAAGCACGUGUAUUUAUACCCCCAGGAAACUAGCUUUUGCCAGUAUUAUGCAUAUAUAAGUUUACACCUUUACCUUUCCGUGGGAGCCAGCUGCUUUUUGUGAUUUUUUUAAUAGUGCUUUUUUUUUUUUUUUUUGACUAACAAGAAUGUAACUCCAGAUAGAGAAAUAGUGACAAGUGAAGAACUCUACUGCUAAAUCCUCAUGUUACUCAGUGUUAGAGAAAUCCUUUCUAAACCCAAUGACUUCCCUGCUCCAACCCCUGCCACCUCAGGGCACGCAGGACCAGUUUGAUUGAGGAGCUGCACUGAUCACUCAAUGCAUCAUGGAGCCCACCGGGCCAGCCCUGCAGCCCAAAACCCAGGGCAACAAGCCCGUUAGCCCCAGGGAUCACUGGCUGGCCUGAGCAACAUCUCGGGAGUCCUCUAGCAGGCCUAAGACACGUGAGGAGGUAAAGGAAAAAAGCAAAAAGCAAGGGAGAAAAGAGAAACCGGGAGAAGGCAUGAGAAAGAAUUUGAGACGUGGGCAGGGAGGGGGACGGGGCUCAGCAAUGCCAUUUCAGUGGCUUCCCAGCUCUAACCCUUCUACAUUUGACGGCCCAGCCAGGAGCAGACGGGACAGCGAUGAGGGGAUGCUUUCUGGAUUCUGGGAGGCAAGAAAAGGACAAAUAUCUUUUUUGGAACUAAAGCAAAUUUUAGAACUUUACCUAUGGAAGUGGUUCUAUGUCCAUUCUCAUUCGUGGCAUGUUUUGAUUUAUAGCACUGAGGGUGGCACUCAACUCUGAGCCCAUACUUUUGGCUCCUCUAGUAAGAUGCACUGAAAACGUAGCCAGAGUUAGGUUGUCUCCAUGGCAUGAUGGCCUUACACUUAAAAUGUCACAUUCUAUUUUGGGUAUUAAUAUAUAGUCCAGACACUUAACUCAAUUUCUUGGUAUUAUCCUGUUUUGCACAGUUAGUUGUGAAAGAAAGCUGAGAAGAAUGAAAAUGCAGUCCUGAGGAGAGUUUUCUCCAUACCAAAACUAGGGCUGAUGGAGGAAAAAGGUCAAUAAGGUCAAGGGAAAACCCGGUCUCUAUACCAACCAAACCAAUUCACCAACACAGUUGGGACCCAAAACACAGGAAGUCAGUCACGUUUCCUUUUCAUUUAAUGGGGAUUCCACUAUCUCACACUAAUCUGGAAGGAUGUGGAAGAGCAUUAGCUGACGCAUAUUAAGCACUUUAAGCUUCUUGAGAAAAAAGGUGGUAUGUAAUUUAUGCAAGAUAUUUCUCCAGUUGGGACUCAGGAUAUUAGUUAAUGAGCCAUCGCUAGAAGAAAAGCCCAUUUUCAACUGCUUUGAACCUUGCCUGGGGUCUGAGCAUGAUGGGAAUAGGGAGACAGGGUAGGAAAGGGCGCCUACUCUUCAGGGUCUAAAGAUCAAGUGGGCCUUGGAUCGCUAAGCUGGCUCUGUUUGAUGCUAUUUAUGCAAGUUAGGGUCUAUGUAUUUAGGAUGUCUGCACCUUCUGCAGCCAGUCAGAAGCUGGACAGGCAACAGUGGAUUGCUGCUUCUUGGGGAAAAGAGUAUGCUUUCUUUUAUCCAUGUAACUUAACUGUAGAACCUGAGCUCUAAGUAACAGAAGAAUGUAUGCCUCUGUUCUUAUGUGCCACAUCCUUGUUUAAAGGCUCUCUGUAUGAAGAGAUGGGACCGUCAUCAGCACAUUCCCUAGUGAGCCUACUGGCUCCUGGCAGCGGCUUUUGUGGAAGACUCACUAGCCAGAAGAGAGGAGUGGGACAGGCCUCUCCACCAAGAUCUAAAUCCAAACAAAAGCAGGCUAGAGCCAGAAGAGAGGACAAAUCUUUGUUCUUCCUCUUCUUUACAUAUGCAAACCACCUGUGACGGCUGGCAAUGUUAUAAAUCAGGUAACUGGAAGGAGGUUAAACACAGAAAAAAGAAGACCUCAGUCAAUUCUCUACUUUUUUUUUCCAAGUCAGAUAACAGCCCAGCAAAUAGUGAUAACAAAUAAAACCUUAGCUAUUCAUAUGUCUCGAUUUCAAUAAUCUAAUUCUUAAUCAUUAAGAGACCAUAAUAAAUACUCCUUUCCAAGAGAAAAGCAAAACCAUUAGAAUUAUAUUACUCAGCUCCUUCAAACUCAGGUUUGUAGCAUAUGAGUCCAUCCAUCAGUCAAAGAAUGGUUCCAUCUGGAGUCUUAAUGUAGAAAGAAAAAUGGAGGCUUGUAAUAAUGAGGUAGUUACAAAAUGCUUGUUCAUUAAAAUAGCACUGAAAAUUGAAACAUGAAUUAACUGAUAAUAUUCCAAUCAUUUGCCAUUUAUGACAAAAAUGGUUGGCACUAACAAAGAACGAGCACUUCCUUUCAGAGUUUCUGAGAUAAUGUGCAUGGAACAGUGUGGGUGGAACGGGGCUGAAACCGUAUGCAAGUCUGUGUCUUGUAAGUCCAAGAAGUGACGCCUAGAUGUUAAUUUUAGGGACCCGUGCCUUGUUUCCUAGCCCAUAAGAAUGCAAACAUCAAACAGAUACUCGCUAGCCUCAUUUAAAUUGAUUAAAGGAGGAGUGCAUCUUUGGCCAACAGUGGUGUAACUAUAUGUGUAUGUGUGCGUGCGUGUGUGUGUGUGUGUGUGUUUUGUGCAUAACUAUUUAAGGAAACUGGAAUUUUAAAGUUACUUUUAUACAAACCAAGAAUAUAUGCUACAGAUAUAAGACAGACAUGGUUUGGUCCUAUAUUUCUAGUCAUGAUGAAUGUAUUUUGUAUACCAUCUUCAUAUAAUAAAAUUAACUCUAAAAACGUA